AUGAAAGAUCGAUCGCUGCACGACUGCCUGGCAGACUGCCACCGAGCGCAGGGCGAGCCCGAGUUGGAGCUGAAGGCUCUCCGCGCUGGGCUCGAAGCAUGCGCACGCGCCAGUCCAAAGGCCGAUAGGCCCACAAUCGCACGCUGGCGUUCCUACUUCCUCUUUCGUGCCCUGGAGUGCGCGGCCGCGGGCGAGGACGAGCCUGCGCUGACCCAGGCCCUGAGGGAACUACAGGGCACAAGGGCUGAUCUGACUGCCGUGGAGCAGGUUUUGGUCGACCUCUGCCACUGCACGGUGCUCCUGGCACGCCGCCGCUUCGACGCCGCGCUGAGCCAGGCGGGGGCCACCUUACCUGCUGCGACGGCAGCCGCCGCCGCCCUCCCGGCCGACUGCCCCAGCCUGGUCGACCUUCAGGGCGCGCUGGAGAUUGGGAGCCGGGAUGGCCUGUACCUCGCGACCCUGGGGCGUGGCCCCGCAGCACGGCACCUGCUGGCAGCCUCUGGCCAGAACGGGCCGCCAGCCGUGCGCCACCUGGCGGCGUUCCAGACAUCGGUGCACUGCCUGGAAGCCGGCGACCUGGAGGGCGCCGAGGCCGCCCUCCGUGCAUUUGGGACAGACCCGGCCCUGUCACCCCUCCACGAGCGGGCCGCUCAGAUGCUGGCGCAGGGCCUGCUCGCCCUGGCCAAGGGCGAUGCGGUGGGCGCCAAGCUGGUGCUCAGCCGCUGUCUGAAGCUGGCACACCGACGGGUGGGCAACACGCAGCUGGUCGCGCAGGUGCUCAACGUGCUGGGGCCCCUCCUGGCGUCCCAGGGGGACCGCGAGGGGGCCGACCAGAUGCUCACCUCCUCCGCCACGCUGAGCAGGGCCCUGGGCGAUGCGCCCUCGCUCCUGGCCGCCCUCCGCGCCGCCUGCGAGGCUGGGAUCGGUACAGAUGCGGAGCAGGGCGCUGCCUACCUCGCCAAGAAGGAGGGGCAGCUGGCGGAGCGCGUGGGCGAUGUGGUGGGGUCGGGAGCCCAUGCAGAGCUCGUACAGGCAGCGGAGACCAGGCUGGCCCACCCUCCCCCAGCCAGGCCGUCUGUCAAGGAUGCCAGGGUAUUCAUACGCCCUCACCUUCGUAAUCUGGCCCCUUACAAACCCAUCGUACCGCUGGACGUCAUCUCCGCACGGCUGGGCUUUGCGGAGAAGGACAUCGUGAAGCUGGACGCCAAUGAGAAUCCCUAUGGGCCUCCCCCAGAGGUCACGGCUGCACUUGCCAGCUUGGAGUAUCCCAACAUAUACCCAGACCCGGAGUCAAGGGCCUUGUGCGAGGGUCUGUCUCGGUGGCAUGGAAUCCCUGUGGAGCACCUCAUGGUCGGCGCCGGUGCUGACGAGCUGCUGGACUUCAUCAUGAGGUGUGUGCUCGAGCCGGGGGAGUACAUCGUGGACUGCCCCCCCACAUUCACCAUGUAUGCUUACGAUGCGGCGGUAAACGCCGCGCGUGUCUGCACCGUCCCCCGUCUGGACGGCUUCAGGCUCGACAUCAAGGGCAUCAAGAAGGCGGUGGAGGAGGUACGCCCCAAGAUCCUGUUCCUCACCUCCCCCAACAAUCCAGAUGGGAGCAUUGUGUCAGACGAGGAUAUUUUGGAGCUGCUGGAGCUCCCGGUGCUGGUGGUAUUUGACGAGGCAUACAUUGAGUUCUCCGACGAGCCCUCAAAGAUGGGCUGGGUGCAGCAGUAUGAGAACCUCAUUGUUUUGCGGACCUUCAGCAAAUGUGCCGCGCUGGCUGGCAUGCGGCUCGGCUACGGCGCCUUCCCCCUGAGCCUCAUAGAGGUGCUGUGGCGGGCGAAGCAGCCCUACAACGUCACGGUGGCCACCCAGGUGGCCGGCCUGGCGGCCAUGCGCAACAUCCCCUACAUAGAGCGCGUGCGCGACCUGCUGGUGGUGGAGAGGGAGCGGCUGAGCGCAGCCCUGCUGGAGCAGGUGCCCUACCUGCGCCCCUUCCCCAGCCACGCCAACUUCUUGCUGUGCCGCGUGACCGACGGGCGCGACGCGGCGGCGCUGAGGGAGCGCCUGGCGCGGGAGUACGGCGUCAUGAUCCGCCACUACAGCACCCCGGACCUGCAGGACUGCGUGCGCAUCAGCGUGGGGAAACCGGAGCACACGGACAAGCUGAUCGCUGCGUUGGUGGCGCUGCAAUGA